AGAUCCCGUUCCUUUUGUCUGCAACCAGGACACUGCCUACUCGGAGCCGAGCUCUUCCCAGAUCCCACAGCUAUGUUCCGGAAAAGAAGCUCUCUCAUUCUAUGCGGGACGUUUCUGUUUGUAACCUGGAACGCCGUGCUGGUGCUGCUGCUGUGGGGCAGAGCGCCCCCGGGCCAGCCGGGUGCCGGGCAGCAGGAUCCGGCCUCCGUGCCCACCGAUGACUUGGUGGGAGACGUGAUCCGCGUCGCAGACUCCUUCGAAUCGGAGCUGGCAAAGCAGAAGGAGAUCCUGUCCCAGAUCCUGAGCCACCGGUCGCUGUGGAAGCCGGCCAACAGAAAGGGGGCAAAGGUCGACGUUCCCAGUCCGCCAGUCAUUCCCAUCCUGGUGAUCGCCUGUAACCGGGUCACAGUGAGGCGCUGCCUGGACAAGCUGCUGGAGCUGCGGCCCUCCGCCGAGCUCUAUCCCAUCAUAGUGAGCCAGGACUGCGGGCACGCCGCCACCGCCGACGUCAUCGCCUCCUACGGGGAUAAAGUCACUCACCUGAAGCAGCCGGACCUCUCUGACAUUCCCGUCCGGCCCGAGCACAAGAAGUUCCAGGGUUACUACAAGAUCUCCAGACACUACCGCUGGGCUCUGAACCAGGUCUUCCGGACCCUUUCCCACUCCUCCGUGGUGAUCGUGGAGGACGACCUGGAGGUGGCGCCAGACUUCUUUGAGUAUUUCCGGGCCCUGCACCCAGUGCUGCAGUCGGACCCCAGCCUGUGGUGCGUGUCGGCCUGGAACGACAACGGCAGGGACGGGAUGGUGGACCCCGGCCAGCCGGCGCUCCUCUACCGCACCGACUUCUUCCCGGGCCUGGGCUGGAUGCUGCUCCGGGAGGCCUGGGAGGAGCUGGAGCCCAAGUGGCCCUCCUCCUUCUGGGACGACUGGAUGCGGCAGCCGGAGCAGCGGCGGGGCCGCGCCUGCGUCCGGCCCGAGAUCUCCCGCACGCUGACCUUUGGCCGGCAGGGCGUCAGCCUGGGCCAGUUCUACGACAAAUACCUGAAGUUCAUCAAACUGAACUCUGAGUUUGUGCCUUUCACCAAGCUGGACCUGGCGUACCUGCAGGAGGACACGUACCGGACCAGCUUCACCAAGCAGGUGUACAGCGCCGCCGUGGUGACGUACGAAGACGUGAAGCAGGGCCGGCUGAGCGGGCCCGGACCAUUCCGGCUCCAGUACUCCAGCAAGGACAGCUUCAAGGUCAUGGCCAAGAACCUGGGCAUCAUGGACGACUUGAAGUCCGGCGUGCCACGGGCCGGAUACCGAGGCGUGGUCAGCUUCUUCUACAGGGGGCGGAGGAUCUACCUGGCCCCGCCUCCUGGGUGGAGUCAGUACGAUCCCACCUGGAGCUGAGGAUCCGCACAGCAUCUGACACAUUCCACACCAAAGAGAAACAGGAUUUCUGCUGUUUGCCUUUACAGAUGCUGGAUGUUUUGGAGGUUCAGCCAACACUACUCAGGUUUCCCCGCAGCUCACAACAGAUCUGCUGUAAACCACCAGAGCUCUAUUUUUCUAUGAUUCUGAUUGUGCACAUUGCAGCCAUGCACUUAAUGCAUCAGCCUAGUUUGCCUUAUUAUCUUUAAAUUAUUGGCGUUAGUCUGAGUUAAUCCUGGUUCAUCUAAUCUGUGAUUGUGUCUGCUGAUGACGGUGAUGAAACUAAAUUCUGCUCUUUCUGCUCACAUUUUGUCAGAUGAUUUUGUUUGAAAUAUUUGUUGCCUUGGAAUCACUGUGGGGAUUUGUAUGUUUUUUUAAUAAAAACAAAAUUAAUGCAGA